GUCAGGAAACAUCUUUUCAGCAUUCUUUCCAGCAAACUCAUAUUCUCCUCCUCCUCCUCCUCCCCCUCUCUCCUCGGCUCUCCGGCCGCCAUAAGACCCUCCUCUACUGCUGUUAGAAGACCAACUAUAUCCAGCUGUCGAAGAGUCGUACCCUGAGCUGUGGGCGGCGUCCCGCGGUCUUUUGGCGGGCGGCGGCGCUGCGAGGCCGGCUCCUCUUGGUGUUAUGUUUGCGCUAUUAGUACGAAUCCCUCGUCGAGGACCACUGCCUGAUCCGUUGUAGCUCAUCCCCUAGUAGAUAUACGGUCCGCCGCGCAUACACGUGAGUUCAAAGUGCAAAUACUGCGCAUGCGUGCAACCGAGCUUCAGUGGUGACGUCACGAGAAAUGGCAGGAGCAGCAGCAGUAAAGGGUGAAGUGUUGAAAUCUGUGCAUUUCGAGGUCUUUGGCAAAGUGCAAGGAGUCUUCUAUAGAAAAUUCACUAGAGAUAUGGCAGUGAAGCACGGACUGGUAGGAUGGGUAAAGAACACCGAUAAAUCUAGAGGUACUGUAGUGGGCGUGGUUCAGGGGGCGGAGUCUCAAGUGGAGCUAAUGAAGACGUGGCUACGAGAAACAGGCAGUCCAAGGUCACAUAUCGAUAGAUGUGAGUUCUCCAAAGAAGGCCCCGUCACUAGAACACAAUACCACAGUUUCACCAUCAAAAGAUAGAAGAAUCA